AGAAAUCAAAAUAUGUGGAACUCCACAAGAAGAUUGCAGUGAAUUUGCGACAUGUGCUGACACAGGACCUGGAACCUAUACAUGUACAUGUAAUGAAGGAUAUACUGGGAAUGGAAAAACUUGUGAAGGUAAGAAAAUAUUAUUUCGCUUUGGCAAAACGGACACAAAAUAUCAUUCUCGCUUUUCUUCUUUCCGAAAGAUGAACUUUAUUUCCGCAAAUUAUUGUAUAUAAUUUACUCACAGCCUAUCGAAGGGAAGAUGGCUGUGAACCUCAUUAGAAUAACAAUAUAACUCAUUAUCUAUGUUGGUCGACGUUUAUUCAUCAAUCGUGUCCUUCACCGUCACGUGUGUAUUGUAUUCUUUCCCAACUAACCAAUAGCAAUGUUUUAGGAAAGUCAUCUAUCCGUGACUAGAACAAUAGGGAAACUGGAAAUUGCUAUUGGUGGAUUUGAUAAAAAUACAAUACACACGUGACGGUGAAACGACCAGAUUUAUGAAUAAACGUUGACUAACAUAGAUAAUGAGUUAUAUUGUUAUUCUAAUGAGUUUCACAGCCAUCUUCCCUUCGAUAGGCUAUGAUUUACUUGGUUUUAGUUGUCAAAGCUACUUUGGUUGGAAAAUUUAGCUCUUUCCCCAACGAUUUUGUUUUGUUUACUAAUUAAUUUCUCUUGCCUUCCCCAGAAAUCAAAAUAUGUGGAACUCCACAAGAAGACUGCAGUGAAUUUGCCACAUGUGCUGACACAGGACCUGGAACCUAUACAUGUACCUGUAACGAAGGAUAUACUGGAGAUGGGAAAACUUGUCAAGGUACGAUUUGGCAUCUUUUUAAAACAAACCUCAUUGUAAAAUCAAAAUUCGUUUUUGCUAACUCGGAAUUUAAUUAAACCAUUGUGGCUACAUCCAAUGACAGUUACUAGGUUACAAAGUUAAUGCAAUUGUAGUUAUGUUGAGUUCUUCUUCAUUCAUAUUGCUUUCAUCAGAAAUCAAAAUAUGUGGAACUCUACAAGAAGAUUGCAGUGAAUUUGCGACAUGUGCUGACACAGGACUUGGAACCUAUACAUGUACCUGUAAUGAAGGAUAUACUGGGAAUGGAAAAACUUGUGAAGGUAAGAAAAUAUUGUUUCGCUUGGGCAAAACGAACACAAAAUAUCAUUCUUGCUUUUCUUCUUUCCGAAAGAUGAAUUUUAUUUCCGCAAAUUAUUGUAUGAUUUACUUGAUUUUAGUUGUCAAGACUAUUUUGGUUGGAAACAUUAGCUCUUUCCCCAACGAUUUUUGUUUACUAAUUAAUUUCUCUUGCCUUCCAAAGAAAUCACAAUAUGUGGAACUCCACAAGAAGACUGCAGUGAACUUGCAACAUGUACUGACACAGGACCAGGAACUUUUACCUGUACCUGCAACGAAGGAUAUACUGGAGAUGGGAAAACUUGUCAAGGUACGAUUUGGCAUCUUUUUAAAACAAACCUCAUUGCAAAAUCAAAAUUCAUCUUUACUAGCACUGAAUUUAAUUAAACCAUUGUGACCACAUCCACGGACAGUUACUACUGUAGGUUACAAAGUUAAUGCAACUGAAAGUUAUGUUAAGUGCUUCUUCAUUCAUAUUGCUUUCAUCAGAAAUCAAAAUAUGUGGAACUCUGCAAGAAGAUUGCAGUGAAUUUGCGACAUGUGCUGACACAGGACCUGGAACCUAUACAUGUACAUGUAAUGAAGGAUAUACUGGGAAUGGAAAAACUUGUGAAGGUAAGAAAAUAUUAUUUCGCUUUGGCAAAACGAACACAAAAUAUCAUUCUUGCUUUUCUUCUUUCCGAAAGAUGAAUUUUAUUUCCGCAAAUUAUUGUAUGAUUUACUUGAUUUUAGUUGUCAAGACUACUUUGGUUGGAAACAUUAGCUCUUUCCCCAACGAUUUUUGUUUACUAAUUAAUUUCUCUUGCCUUCCAAAGAAAUCACAAUAUGUGGAACUCCACAAGAAGACUGCAGUGAACUUGCAACAUGUACUGACACAGGACCAGGAACUUUUACCUGUACCUGUAACGAAGGAUAUACUGGAGAUGGGAAAACUUGUCAAGGUACGAUUUGGCAUCUUUUUAAAACAAACCUCAUUGCAAAAUCAAAAUUUAUCUUUACUAGCACUGAACCUAAUUAAACCAUUGUGACCACAUCCACGGACAGUUACUACUAUAGGUUACAAAGUUAAUGCAACUGAAAGUUAUGUUAAGUGCUUCUUCAUUCAUAUUGCUUUCAUCAGAAAUCAAAAUAUGCGGAACUCUACAAGAAGAUUGCAGUGAAUUUGCGACAUGUGCUGACACAGGACCUGGAACCUAUACAUGUACAUGUAAUGAAGGAUAUACUGGGAAUGGAAAAACUUGUGAAGGUAAGAAAAUAUUAUUUCGCUUUGGCAAAACGAACACAAAAUAUCAUUCUUGCUUUUCUUCUUUCCGAGAGAUGAAUUUUAUUUCCGCAAAUUAUUGUAUGAUUUACUUGAUUUUAGUUGUCAAGACUACUUUGGUUGGCAAAAUUAGCUAUUUCCCCAACGAUUUUGUUUUGUUUACUAAUUAAUUUCUCUUGCCUUCCCAAGAAAUCAAAAUAUGUGGAACUCCACAAGAAGACUGCAGUGAAUUUGCCACGUGUGCUGACACAGGACCUUCCUUCCAUAGCUGUACCUGUAACGAUGGAUAUACUGGAAAUGGAAAAACUUGUGAAGGUCAGAUAAUUUUUCUUACUUUUUGCAUGAGUUAAUUUUAAAUAGUAUUAGGGCAAAAUGUUAUCCCUGGCCAGCUUUCUUUUUUAGUUGUUGAAGACCAUUUAUGUUAGGUUGGCAGAAUUUCUAAGAUCUAAGCACUCUUUUGUCCAUUAGAAAUCAAAGUAUGUGGAACUUCACAAGACGAUUGCAGUGAAUUUGCUACAUGUGCUGACACAGGACCUGGAUCCCAUACCUGUACCUGUAACGAAGGAUAUACUGGAGAUGGAAAACAAUGUUCAGGUAAGAACCCCAAAACAAUAACGAUUCCGGAACUGCAUGUAAAAACCAAAUGUGCUACCUCAAGUGUCACCAAAGUUAUAUCGGAAGCACUAUAAGUUUUCCAAUUUAGCUUUUAUUUCAUUCUAUCUCAGUCUUAGACUCUUUUAGAACAAUUAGUUUUAUCGUUAAUUGUCCAACUUCGUCUUAUUUUAUUCUAAUUCACACCAAAACAUGGUCACUGAACUCUUCACUCCGCCCAUGCUUAGGCAUAUAUACAGUAGUGUGCUGGCCAUCACUCUCGUAGUUCUGAUGAUGUUGUAGUACAACGAAAGCUUAAAGUGCCCGUAACCCCAAAAUUGAUUUUCGGCUUAUUAAAAGCAUGGAUAAUAAAAUAAAUGGAUAGGAAACUAGCUGACGUGACCUAAUGUUUCCAAUGGGCUGAUCCCGGAUGGCGUGGUUGGCCGGAUCUUGGAUGUUCAAACCUAGUUGCAAACCAAAUUCUAAGAUGAAAACUCUAAGUAUUCCCAGUCAAUUUUAGCAAAUAUUUCAAGCACUAAACAGUGAAUUUCGUUAAAAUUUGUGACGCCAAUUUCGUAGCUACAUAUGUAAAAAAAAACAAAAAAAAAACCGUCCUGACCGCGUAGCUCAGUUAGCAGAACACUGGACUAGUAUUCCAAAGGUCGUAGGUUCGAUUCCCACCGUGGCCGGGAAUAUUUUUCAAGCUCGCCCGGUGUGGAUAUACACUCAGAGUAACAUCACAAACAUCAUAUUCACCUGAGUACACAACACCAACACAGAAAAAAAGAUGAAAAACAUUUACCUUGAAUACUUUGUCGUGGCUUAGGCAUGUUUAAAACAAUUAGACCAGUUUAUGCUUCAAAUAUCACCCUUUCAAAGUGGAAAAUAUAGCAAAACAACAAAAAUGCCGAGAACUUUGGUAAUAUUCGCAAUACGCGUGACGUCACGUUUUUCAACAAGGAUGAGUCAAUGACGUCAGGAAGUUUCCUAUCCAGUUAUUUUACAAUCCAUGUUAAAAGUAUGCUAUGAGUGUAGUAGUUUCGCGAAAACAUUUUUGCUUUUUGUUAAAAAGCAAAAAUUUUAGAGCCACUUGAACCUGCUUAUAUUGCGAUUUUACUUUUGCUAGAUAGUAUACUUCAAAAUAAGGUUUCCGUUUUUAUAUCAAUUUUGAAAAUAAUUAAAAUAAGUUAGGGUUAGGUUAGGGUUAGGUUGGGGUUAGGGUGAAGGUUAGUAUUAGGGUUAGGGUUGAGUUUUGCGUUAGGAUAGUUUUUUCUACGUUAUAAAAACGGAAACCUUAUUUUGAAGUAUACUAUCCAGCGAUCACCAUUUUACUUGGCACAUGGCCGUCGGAAUAUCUAACUGCUUGAAGUCUGGAUCGAGCAUUAUUUCUGGCGUCACGCCAGUUAGUUGUGGUUUCAGCAGGUGCGGACUUGUAUGUAAAUUUCAGGGGCCGGUUGUAUAAAAAAGUGAUUGCAGUUAACUAUAGUUAGUGGAAACGUCAUGCAAUAAGAAGCGCGUGUUUGAGAGUUAAUCACUAUUUAACUACAAAAUAAUGAUUAAAAAGGUGAUUAAGAGUUUUAUACAACCGGCCCCAGGAUAACAAGACGCUCCACGGAACGUUGGCCGAUAGGACUACGGAAAUAUGCAGUUUAAAAAAAUAUUUAUCCUUGAAGUUUACAGUUUGCCUGGCAGUUUUCUCAACAAUAACAAGUAUCGUAUUAAAUUGCAACGGAAAUAAAUUGGCCUGGUAUAGUGAUCUGUGGCUGUAUAAUAGCGUGUUUGUUUUGUCGAAAAUCAUGAUUUUCCAAGCUUACCGUUUGCUCCAUCUGUUAUGUAAAUUUAUGUUCUAAAACGCAUUCGCUAUAUUAUUUGCACUGGAAUCGUAAAUUUUGUGUCAUUAUACUGCCAUUUGACAUGUGCUUGAGAGUACAAAGUAUUCGUUGCCCACUCUAACUCUAAGAAAUACAUGCGCACUUCACAAGAACACUUUCCCGUUAAAACACAAUUAUACUUUGAUCGUGAAAUGACUAAAAUACACAGGCGUGUCAUCUAGUGAUCCGAACUUUGUGGUGUCCGAAUAGUGCACCAAAUUGUAUAGACGGCCGGCCAAAACCGGAAAAUGUGCAACAAAAUUUGUUUGAUGGCAUUUUCGGUUACUCACAAGCUGCCAACUGACAUUUUCAUAGAGUAUAUGCAUUAACGAACAAGACUAGACAUGUUGGCAACUCUAAUUUUGGCUUUAUAGAUGAAAAUUUGAGAAUAUGAAAAUUUUAUCUAUAAAAAGUACUAUAUGAGAAAAAUGCAAAAUUACAGGUUCACAUUUAACAAAAAUAAAUUAUACCAUUAAAAAGUUCGCAAAAAAGUAUAUAUAAGACAUUUAAGCGAGUAGUAUGAUUUUUGUAGCCAAUUUUGUGCUUUUAGCACUGGAAAAUGAAAAAAAAAACGCCAAUUGAAGCCGAUAGUUACUACUUUGCCAACUUUAAGCUCCUUUAACUCAAAACUGGCUUGAAAAUUCGCACUACUCGCCUAAAUGUCUUAUAUAUACUUUUCUGCGAUCUUUCUAAUGGUAUAGAUUAUUUUUGUGAAAAAUGAACUUGAAAUAUUGUAUUUUUAGUCAACAUAGUACUUUAUUAGGCAAAAUUUUAAAAUUCUGAAAUUUUCAACUAUAAAGCCAAAAUCAGAGGUGCCAACAUAUAUAGUCUUGUUCACCAAUGUGUAAGCUAUAAGAAAAUACCAGUUGACAGCUUGUAACAAAAAAUGCCAUCAGAGUGUACAUUUCAGAAUGUUGGCCGGUCGUCUAGCAAGAUGUAAAUUCGUCAUAUAAUCGGUAUGUGGCAAUAAAAUAUUGCCGCAUGGACAACUUAAAAGCAUAACACAACAUAUUUUACCCUUGGUGGAUCGAUCAGCGUGGUAUAGAAACCAUGGCAAAGUUUCAUAAACUUGUGAUAAUGCAAAAAAUGUUUCGCAAAACUGUUCCACUGGUAGCAUACUUUUAACAAGCUGAAAAUCAAUUUCGGGAUUACGGGCACUUUAACUCAUUCUAAUAAGAUAUUUUAUCAAGCAGUAGCUACUCGGCAUCAUUUGAUUGUAACCUUUUUUAUUGAACAUGUUUCUGAAGGACAACUUUAUUAGAUUAAGAUAGUAGAUUAAUGUUUAUUUAUUUUGGUUUCGCUUUUGGUAAUGUUGACUUUGUUAUAUUCAACUUGCGAUUAUCUGUCCGCAUAACGGAUUUGAUUUCUUUGUCAGUUAUUAUAAAAUGAAUCUUGUCUUGUGGGCCACAUUCUAUAUAAUAACUGGUGGUGUAGUGUAAUAUAGUAAACAUAGUAUUGUUGUUGAAGUCAUUAUUAAUGCUUAUUAUAUAUUAAUUAUUAAAAAUUUAGUCUUUUCUUACACUUUAGCUCUAUCGUUCCAUUUUGAUCAGUUAUUUUUCGUACAUAAGAACAAAUGUGUUUUUGCACUUUUUCUUAUAAAGAAAUAAAGAUUUGCGGUACAGACGAAGAUGAUUGCCACAUGUAUGCUGUCUGUGCAAACACUGGUCCUGGACAGUAUUCCUGCACUUGUAUCCAGGGAUACACUGGAGAUGGAAAGAACUGCGUAGGUCUGUGUUCCACUGAAAUUUAGAUGACAUUUUAACGUUUUCAAUUACUUUAACAUACAAGUUAUACAGUUAGCACAAUAAUUCUUUCGACUGCCAAAACGUUACUUGUAUAUCAAGGUUUUAAAUCCUAUAUUAUACGGUUCUGUGGUUACAGCCUUGUUUCCACUUGUUUCCAAUAUUUCCCACUACACAAUUAUGAUAAUAUUUAGAGACCUGAUUACCUCACUAAUCGUGAUAUCAAAAAUACUACAAAACAGUGAGGUUAUGUAUGUGUUACACACCUGCAUAUUUUGUUUGAGGUUAGCAAUCUCACAAAGAUGUGCAUUUUUUUGGUAGACCAAUGGUAGAAUAUUUUAGAUCAUACUAACUUAGUAACUUUUCUAAUCCCGUCUCGUUUAAUUAAAGGUCCUGAAAUUCACGGUCCCAUCCUAUUUGAUGUUACUCCUGAAAAUCCUUCAACCAUCAGUGCAGCUUGGCGACCUCCAGCAGAGAUAAUUGAAUUGGAUAUAAUUGAAUACUCAGUUUGUUACACAGAUGUGAGCAAUGGAGACAAACUAUGUAAAACGACCACACCAACCACCCCAGAUGGUCCAGUUAAUAUUCACCUUACAGAUGUAAUUGAAGACACUACCUACGAAGUUGUCGUGACAGCAAGAAACGCGUCUGGUUAUGGCCCGCCAUCAAAUGUCAUGAUCGUGAAAACUCCUGUGUCACGUAAGUGUUAUACUAACCGUUUUUAGUGCAAAGUUGCUUUGCACUAUUGUUAUGAGAAAAAUUCAAUCCAGUGACCGAUCAAUGGAUCGAUGGAUGGAUCGAUCGAGUAAACAAUCUGGGGGGAGCUUGCAAAUGAUUUUUGAUUGCGUUUUCUAGAGCUUCGUGACGUUCGGCCUGCAACUAAUCGUUUCUAGCUGUUUAUAGAUUAUAAAAAUCUAUAUUUAUAUUCAUGAUGGUACAUGUUCUUACUUAUUUUAUCCAACAUUUAGAGAAUUUAUAACCAAAUUACUGUUACAUUUCAAGCACUUGUUAUUAUAUUAUUUGCCCCCCUGCAACAUAAAACAAAUGAAUUGAAUCAAUUAAUACACGUGCUCUCAUAUAAUAUCAUUUUACAAUGGCGGGCAUAAUGGACGAGCGGUGACUAUAUUGAGCGGCGGUGUAAAAUCGUGUAGACUCGAGUGUAUUACAACUGAGGUUGACAGUAUUAUGGGAAAAUCUUUGAGAUUCUACGCAAUAUAUAAAUUGAUGUUAUGUAUUACCGGCAUUCAAUUAAAUGCCGAUAUUAUUUAGGCGCUACACCACUGAGAAACCACAAGAGCCUGUUAGGGGCUGAUUACAUGGAGAGCAGUUUGAGCCCAGGCUGAGUUUACUCAGAGCUAUAUUUAUAGUCAACCGGGGCUGAAAUGUCAGCCCGGGCUGAAAUAAUCUGAGUGUCACGAAAUAGGACAAUACGCCUGUUACGCUUCUUUGAAGCAAUCAGACGCUGGUUCGUCGACUAUUUGAUUUGUGUGAGACUAACAAACACGCAAAAUAACGCCAUUUAAACGGUUGUUUUUUUAGCCCGGGCUGAAAUUAUUUGCGAUUACAUGCUGCCGAACUAUCGGGCAGCUCAAACCGGGCUGAAAUUUCAGCCCGGGCUGGAAUUUUGGUCAUGUAAUCGCUUGCUGUGUGUUAAUUAACGUUAAUAGGAUUUUAUCCUUAGGCCGGGCUGAAAUUUACAGGAAACCGGGCUGAAAACUCUCCAUGUAAUCAGCCCCUAAAGCCGGUUUUCCACUUCAAGCGUACGCACCGAAACGUAUCAAAAACGAUUUUAAAUUUCAAAAUUUCGUGAAUGUUGAUUGGUUAGUAUUUCCGUAGUACGCAAAAAAGUUGACUUGCGACGAACUUUUUAUUCUGAUACGCGAAUACACCCGGAAGUACGUGGAUUUAUAAACCUCUUUCAAUGUGCGCAUGCUCACCAGUACGUUUCGGUACGAUACGGGCGAAGUGGAAAACCGGCUUAAUACUCUGCUGAAUUGCUGAAACCACGCAUACAGCACGUGCGUGUUUGGCUCUCUAAAUAUAGAAAUGAUUAUAGGGUUCAGAGGACAUGGUGGAAAAGACGGAGUGCGGAGUAUAGAGUUCGGAGUCUGUCAAAGCAGUUUAUUUUUCCUAAAGAUUCGAUUUUAAUGACACUCCGCGUUUUCCACUUUAUGGGGGCAUAAAGUGGAAAACGCGGGGUCUGUAAAAAAAUGCGUUUUCCACUUUAUGCCCCCAUACACUUGCAGUGUCUUUCUCAAAUGCACUCUCCUUGGAUCCUAGUUCCUUUAAGAAAUAAUUGUGCGAUCCUUUCCAGCAGGAUUUACAUUCCACAACCUGUCACUAAUAGACUUUGAGAGUAAUGCAUUUUAGAAUUUAAAUUUUUAUACACCACUCUAUUGCGAAUGACAUUGCUCAAGAUUUGUUUUUUUGGAAAGUCUACAAACGCCUAGGGGUGAAAAGACAAUGGGAUUCUAAUAAUUAUAAUCACGAGAUACGCGAAAACCAGUAGCUCGUCUUUGUUGAUCAGACCAAAUCAAUUUUUCUUAGCUCUUAAUCAUGCAGUUGUUUCCGUACCCUGUUGCUUCAUUUUAACACAUUUACAGUAUUGUUAAAUUUUUCUGUCUUUAGCUGACUCAUGCGAUAAAAAGACAGAUACGAUUUUCGUGGUAGAUAGAUCAUCGAAAAUAAGUAAAGCUGGUUUUAAUAAGAUUCGCUCAUUUAUCCGAAGUGUUGGAAAACGCCUUCGAAUUGGUGUGAAGAACGAAAAGAAAGAAAUUAUUGGCCAAGGUGCUAUAGUGACAUUUAGUAAUGAGGGUGAAAAAAUCAUUACUCUUAAAGAUAGUAGAACUCCUGGGAGAUUCGUUAAGGCUGUACGGUCUAUGCCAGGCCCAUUAUCUAAUGGCACUACUAAAACUCAUCGAGGUUUGGAAGUUGCUUAUCGACAAGUUGCUGUUGUUGGCGAAGGUUUGCGUGCCCGUGAUGAUAGUGUCCAUAAGGUGGUUGUAGUAAUUGCCAACGGUCAUCAGACUCGAGAGAGGAAUGGCUAUGUAUAUGUCGGUGAUGCAGUGAAACCAUUCUUUAAACGUGGUAUAGAUGUCAUUGCAAUUGGUGUUGGUCUUGAAACAGAAAAAGCAAAAGAACAGCUUACUGAUAUGGUCCGAAUUCCUGAAAAUGCUUUCUUUGUGAAUCACCACAGUAAUUUAAGUUCUGCUAUGAAUAAAAUUGUGUCACGAGUCUGUCCAAGUAAGUUGGUGAUAUAUAAUAUUGUAAUAUCAUGAAUGUAGUAUUGAUUUCAAGCCUACAUUUUUUUCAUUGCAAAACUAAAUGUAAAAUUUGCUGCGAAUAGGUAGGUUUCAGAGAACGUAGGGUACAGCACAUGGCGGUAAACUUCGAUACACCCUUCCGGAAAGUAUGUCAUCUUGGCUAUAUAGAACCUCGUUUUCGCGUACGUGACAUAAAUGAAAGCCCGACAUCUCAAUCACGAAAACGAGACUCUAUAGCCAAGACGUACUUUCCGGAAGCGUGUAUUUGGACACAUUAAAUAAGCAAAAUAUUUUGUUAUAAUAUAAGUGUGAUAUAACAGAUAAUUUCAUUAGCUAAUGCGCAUGCAUUGUGACGCAAUAAUGCACUGUGAUCUGUGGCACUGCUUUGCUCUUUCUCUGUUUUUGCUCUUUCCCUCUUCAUCUCUGCUUUUUAGCCAAAAAUAUAAACAAAACUAUAGAGCUUUUAAAAUACAAAAUUUAUCAGAAAGCAAGAAGGAAUAGACCAAAGGAACAAAGCAAUUUUCUAUAGUUCUACGUGUAAAAUUAGCGGGCUUUGGCAUUCGUCGAAUUUGUUGUUGUCUCUACAAGUUUUGGGUAAAAGCGUGCAAAAUAGCCGAGAAAAAACUUGAAAAAGAUACAGGAAUACCAAACACAUAGAAAAAGGCAACAACAACGGAAUAUAAGUUUAGAUAAAUAACAACUGCUUUUCUGUUUAUUAUAUAAAGGACAUGCAGUCUUUGAAAAGCGAUAAUUUUUACAGAAGCGAUAAUUGAAAAGCGAUAAUUUUCACAUGUGAAAUUAUAAAUAAUCUCACAUGUGAGAGUAUCAGUUUUAUCAGUGCUCGAAAUCUCUAUAAACCACUAUACUUUAUAUAAUAAAGUGCGAUAAUGCACUCGGGGAAUGUUGGGAAAUACUCGAAAAUACGCCUCGUGUUUUACACGCUUCUCUCGUAUUCUCCCAACAUUUCAUGCGUGCAUUAUCACAUCAUAAACGCACGCAACUCGUUUUCUAUUUCUUAAUUAAAAAUCGCCCGCGAUGCUGUAGGCACAAUGCCUGGAUAUUUUCUAGCUGUGGUCGAUUUCGUUCAUCGUUUGAUAUAUCCGAUUAACCAAUCAGAUGCGGUAGCUGAAAGUCAAGUCUGAACCUCCCUAAUAUCAGUUUAAUGAUAACAACGACAGUAUAUACGGUUGACUCUUGUCAUUACAGUAGUUCAUUAGGAUAAGCCAACUGAGGCUGUAUAUUCUUGUAUAUUCUUCACUAGGUAAAGUUAAUUUACUAAUAUUAAUUUACCGAUAACUCUAGAAAUUAAGAUAUGCGGCUCACCACAAGAUGACUGCCACAGAUUUGCUACAUGCUUUGACACCGCUCCUGGAAAACACAAAUGUAUAUGUCAAGAUGGUUAUUUUGGGAAUGGGAAAGAAUGCGCAGGUGAGUGGCCGAGGUUUAGCCAUGGUUAAACACAGGUUUUCCUUGCGUAAUUUCUGGACGAUACCGUACCACCCCGUUUACAAGCCAAUUGGAUCAUCAGGCCAACAACUCCUCUGCAAUUACCAUAGCGCGCAUUUAUAAAGGCAAUAGUUUAAAAUUAGCUUACCAUUACUAUGCAAUAUAUUACGUUUAAAAUAUAUUAAUUUAAUUAAGUUUUAAGGUAUUAAUAUAAAUAGAAAUCAGUUAAUUAAGAAGUAGAAAUAUGAUAAUCAUGCAUAUGAUUAUCUAAAAGAGUGAGAUUAAGUACAAGUAUUGUAAAAGUCACAGCUCGGGGAGCAGAUGAUGUAAAAGUUCGAUCCCCGAGUGUUACAAGUGUCGGUUUAUUAUUGGUUCUUGCAUGCAGUGCGGCUGCUGCAGGUAUUCAGUUGUCAGAACAAGUCUCUUAGUUUAUAACUUCCCAUUAUUUAAAACUCCUCUAAGACUUCACAAAGCCAUUGAAUAAGAGAUAUUUUAGACUACAUAUAUAUAUAUAUAUAUAUAUAUAUAUAUAUAUAUAUAUAUAUAUAUAUAUAUAUAUAUAUAUAUAUAUAUAUAUAUAUAUAUAUAUAUAGCUUAAGAUUUUGGUUUACGAAACACAAACAGUGCUCAAUACCAUAUAGAUAGAGCGUAAUAUAAGUUUUCGUUUUACCUCAAAAAAACCCCCACAAUAGUCCGUAUAGGAUGAAACAGACUAUUGUGGGGGUUUUUUUUGAGGUAUAUAUAUAUAUAUAUAUAUAUAUAUAUAUAUAUAUAUAUAUAUAUAUAUAUAUAUAUAUAUAUAUAUAUAUAUAUAUAUAUAUAUAUAUAUAUAUAUAUAUAUAUAUAUGGGCGUCUCAUGGUUCCACAUAUAUAGCGUGACAUAUAGCCUGUAUCUGAAUUUAACAGCCUUUUUCUGACAGUCUAAAAUAUACUUUUGUUUUUUAUAGAGAAAAGAUGUAAAUUUGAUAUUGGAUUCUUGAUUGAUUCCUCUGCAAGCAUGCGCGACUGUAACUAUGAGAAGGAAAAGAAUCUGGUGAAACAUAUUGCAGAACAAAUGCAAGUAACACCAGGCAAGAGCCGUGCCAGUGUUCUCUUGUUUAGUAACUCUGCUGCCAUGUACAAGAAUUUCAAUAGAUUUGAAGAACUAAUGGACUUUAACAUGCUUGUAAAUGAACUACCGAUGGUCGGAGGAGCAACACACUUGGAUAAAGCUCUUGAGGUGGCAGCAUCAGAAAUGUUUACUACUGCGAACGGAAUGAGAAAUAGUAAAGUGCCAAAACUACUGUUUCUACUAACCGACGGUGCACAAGCUGCUGGGUCUAUGAGCAAACCAUUGCAAGAAGUAGUGUCAUCUUUACAUAAACGGAAUAUCAGAGUUGUUGUGAUAGGCGCAGGGGAAGCUGACGAACAACAAUUAUCACCGCUUGUACAAUCUAGUGAAGACUUACUAAUGGUGAAGAGGUUUGAAGAUGCAACAGAUCAACUAACUACCUUUGCAGACCAGAUGUGCUCAGGUAUUUAUUUAGGUUUGGUUUCCAUUUAGAUUUUAGUCCGAUCCGUGUACAUGUCAUGGUCGCUAAUGUGAAAUGAGACAGGAUCCGUGUGUAUGUAAAGCAGUCCUAACAAUCUCCCAAAUAGAAUUCAAUAUGGUUUGUAUGUUAACUUGACACAUGCAUAUGUCACAAAAUAUUCCCUUGCUAUAUUAAUCUGCAGUUUAGGUUACUUCUGUCCAGAAAUUUUCGGUUUGUAUAUGUGGGUUCAUACCCGCCACCAUGCACGAUGCCUAGCUGCUAUCGGACGAAGAUCGUUUUAUUAGUUUCCCUUAAAUUUCCUGCUCAAUUAAUUAAAGACCAAUAAAUCAUUGAUUUCGAUUAAAUCAAAUAACUUUCAGUAUUAGCGAGAAGUACUUGUAUAAUCGGACUUACGCAUACCCCAGAAUAAAAACUGAUCGGAAAAGCUGCCAUGACUGUAAGCAACGUUGAGGUAAAUUAAGGUGCAUGUCUAGUCUCUAGGAUUUGCGAAUUAAGGAAAGAAAAAUAUUGAUUAGAUACUGCAAUUCUAUUUAAACAUCUGAUAAUUUUCAAAAUGUAUGUAAUUGUGAUUUACAAGAAAAUGCACAAAUAUUAAUUUUAGCGGCGUUUUGGACAGUUUUCGAGGAAAAGAAGAGGUUAAUAAUUAAGAGAAACUAUAACGAAUUCGAUAGUACGUUUAAUAGUUGAAGUGGAUUUAAACUUGGCUGAUAAACGUAAUUUAUCAUUUUUUCAUUAGUUGGUAGAUGUUCCUAUAUGGAAAGAACAGUUCCAGUUAGAAUUGAAGGGUGUGUAAGCACACAGCCCGUAAAAAUGGGUAAGUUGUGUCGGGAAAAAUGGAAUUUACUAUUUACGAGUCAAAGACAAAGUGUUUUGGUUUUUAUAUAUACAUUUAAAUAAUUAAAGUUAAUUCAUGACGCGAACAUUUGUAAUGAACGUCUCAUAUUACUUUACAGGUGCGUGUAUGGGUAAGUGUGUAACUGGACCCAACUUCCAACAGACAAAUGGUGUUUUCAAAAUCGACUGUCAGACAUGUCGACCUGGUGGUUAUGCAAUAAAAACAGUUGUCUUAUCUUGUCCUGGAAACAAAAGACGGUCCUUCGAAAUCAAAGCAGUAACGUCGUGUAUUUGUGCAAAAUGUCCGUGGAAGAAGCAUUUGUAAACGUUUUUGAUUACAAUGAAUUGAAAACGUUACAGAAUAUAGAAUUAUAGAUUAUACAGAAUUACAUAACCUAUAAAUUAAAAGGUUAUAGAAUUCUAAUCCAAUUCUAGACUAAUACUUUUUACCAAAGUAAAUACUACUAUUAUAAAUUUAUAAUAAGUUUAUAUAGAACACAAUUUAUGUGUGUAUGUAAUAUCAGAUGUUAUUUUACCAAUAAUGAAGUUAUAGAACAGACUGCAUGACUUAGGUAAUAGGUAUAGAAAUUAGGAAAUGGAAAAGUAAACGUACACAACUAUAAAUUUUUAAAUUCUAGAUUUUAUAAGAGAAACCAAUAAAAUACAGUUGAUAGAACAAUUUUUAUUUGAAUGCA